AACCAUUUUUGAUGUAAAUAUUAAAAGUUAGUUAACUAAAAAAUUAAAGAAAGUGAAGAUGGGAAUAAAAAAUCCCAUCGAGAAUAUCAAUCCGUUUUAUUACUAUACCCUCUUAUGGUUUAUCCCAACUUUUAUAAAAGGAUUUCGAAAACCAUUAACCAAAGAUGAUUUAUUUCUAAUGAUUGAUGAUCAAAAAUCGAGUAAUUUAGGGGAUCGUCUCGAAAAAGAAUGGGAAAUUGAAUUAACCAAGCCGAAACCAUCACUUAUUAAGGCGUUAAUAAGAGUAUUUUGGAAAAAACAUCUUGUUAUGACAUCCAUUGCAGUAAUUGCGGAAAUAAUUUUAAAGGGAGUCCAAACAAUAUCUUUUACAGUCCUUUUAAGAUACUUCUCCAAAGAUAACGUUAGAAUAACCGCAAAUGAAGCUUAUAUCCAAGCUGUAAUCAUGAACAUUUCGACUCUUCUAUUCGUUAUAUCAUUUCACUCGUAUGCUUGGGGAAACCGAAAUUUAUAUAUGGAUAUGCGAGCUGCUUGUUGCUCCUUAAUCUAUAGGAAGUCUUUAAAGAUUGGCAAAAGCGCAAUGGGAAAAGUAAGCGUUGGUUAUUUGGUUAAUUUGAUAACCCACGAUGCAACUCGUCUCGAUAAUUUAUCAUAUUUUUCGCAAAGUUUUUUGAUAGCUCCGUUACAAAUUGUUGUUGUUGGGUUGUUGUUGUAUUUUGAAACUGGAUGGACUGGAAUUUUUGGAGUUUUCAUUUUUGUGGGAUUAAUUCCGUUGCAAUUCUUGAUCACAAAGUGGAUGUCUAAAGUAAGAACGGAACUAGUUCAAUUUGCUGGGGAACGUAUCAAAAUGAUGACAGAAAUUUUAUCUGGAAUUCAAAUAAUUAAAAUGUACACUUGGGAAAAAUAUUUUAUAAAAUCUAUAUCUGACAUCAGACGAAAUGAAAUUAAGAAGGUUCGUUAUUUAUUAUUAGGAUACGGAGUGUUUUCUUCAAUCAUCUCCGUUUUACCAAAAGUGGGGAUAUUCCUAAGUCUCCUUCUGUAUUAUCUCUUAGGGCACACCCUAACUUACAUCCACGUCUUCACAAUAUUCGUCUAUUACAACAUGUUGAGAUUAAACGUAAACGUAUUUGUUCCAAACGGGCUUUUUCGACUCGCCGAAGUGAAAGCUUCCUUCAAAAGAAUCCAAAACUUUCUUCAACUCGAAGAAAUACGCAAACACCAUCACAAAAAAUCCGGGGAUAACCGAAUUUUUAUCGAAUUUAAAAACGUUUCCUCCGUAUGGGACUUAAAUUCUACAGAAAAUACUUUACAAGAUUUAAACCUUUUAAUACCAAAUCCGCGAUUCAUAGCGAUUAUUGGUCAAGUUGGAGGUGGAAAAAGUAGCUUUUUAAACACAAUCUUAAACGAACUUUUCAUUAAGAGUGGCGAAACGUUCGUUUCCGGAACAGUUUCUUAUUCGUCUCAAGAAGCGUGGAUUUUCCCGGGGACUUUAAAAGAAAACAUUUUAUUCGGACACGAUUUUAAUGAAGAACGUUAUAAAACGGUUAUUAAAGUUUGCGCUUUAGAGCGCGACAUUUCUUUAUUACCAAACGGAGAUAACACCUUAAUAAUAGAAAAUGGCGAAAAUUUAAGUGGUGGUCAAAAAGUUCGAAUUAAUUUAGCACGAGCUGUUUAUUUACAGUCGGAUAUUUACCUCUUAGAUGAUCCGCUUUCUGCUGUUGAUCCCCACGUUGCUGAAAUCAUUUUUAAAGAGUGUUUAUGUAAAUUUUUGAGCGACAAAAUAGUUGUUUUGGUUACGAAUCAAUUGCAAUUUUUAAAAUACGUGGAUUAUAUUUAUUUUUUUGAAAAUGGGAGAAUUUCUUUUGAAGGAACUUAUAAGAAAGUACAAAAGGAUAAUUUAGAUUUUUUGAGGUUGUUACAAAGGAGUGAUGAUGAGGAGAAUAUAGAUUCUAAGGAAAUUUAUCAUGGGGAAUGCCAUCUAGGUAAAAACACCAUGGAAAUUGAAGAAAAAGAAUUUUUAUCAUCCAAAGGUGUUUCUUUUCAAGUUUACAAAAAUUAUUUUAAACUCAGUAAAAGUUUGUCUUUCUUUGCACUUUCUUUGUUAUCAACAUUAACUUUUUUAAUUUGUUUCGGCGCGUUUGAUAUGAUAAUAACUUUUUGGAGUAACAUCGAUUUUAAGAUAUAUUCAAUGAAUUUGUCUUUAACCAGAGAAGAUUUAUUUACAAUUUUUUCAAUUGCGGUCGUUGUAGUUAUCGUAGCCGCAAUAAUAGGUCAUGUCAGUUCACUAAAUAUUUUGAUUAAUUCCUCAAAAAAUUUACACGAACUUGUACUAAAAAAAGUUAUCAACGCACCGAUGAUUUUCUUUCACACGACUCCUUCAGGGAGAAUUUUAAAUCGAUUUUCUAAAGAUUUAUCAACAACCGAUGAGUUUCUUCCGAUAAUUUUUGUAGAUGGUAUAAUUAAUUUAUUUAUUGUUUUUGUGAUUAUUAUUAUAAUUGGUUACUAUUGCUAUUGGUUUGCGUUUAUUUUUAUAAUUGGAAUCAUUGGAACUCAAUUUUUGAUGAGGUUCACUUUCCCAACAUGUUUAGCAGUUAAAAGACUUGAAGCAAUAACAAAAAGUCCACUUUAUACUCAUGUAAAAACAUCGUUUAAUGGAUUAUCUUUAAUAAGAGUUUUUAAUAAGGAAGAAUAUUAUAAAAACAUCUUUGAUUUCACCCAAGAUUUUCACACAUCCUCUUGGUUUAUGCAUAUAUCUAGUGGACAUGCUUUUGGGAUUUUAAUUGAUUUUAUAAUGGUUAUUGUGUUAUGGUUUAUUUCAUUUACACUGUUUUUUAUUGAUGAUUUACGUGAUGCCGCAGCAGGAUUAGUAAUAGUUCAAUGUUUAGCAUUGGUAACUAUAGUGCAAUGGUGCGUUAGAUUAACGAAUGAUCAAAUGGUUAAUAUGACUUCGGUCGAAAGAAUAAUGGAAUAUUCAAGUCUGGACGUUGAUGGUGAAGACAAUCAAGAUAAUCGAGAUUUAAUCCCUGAAAAAUCUUGGCCUAUUCACGGAAAAAUCGAAUUUAUCAAUGUUAAUUUAAAAUACAGUAUAAAUUCAAAAGUCGUAUUAAAAGAUUUAAAUUUUGUAAUCGAAUCGAAAUCGAAAAUUGGAAUCGUCGGGCGAACCGGAGCUGGAAAAUCUUCAAUUUGCGCGUCACUUUUUCAAUUGGCAUACACGGAUGGGUUUAUUCGUAUUGAUGGUGUUGAUAUUAAAAGGAUUCCUCUAUACAAUUUAAGAAAAAAAAUUUCGAUUAUCCCGCAAGAUCCGAUACUGUUUUCGGACACGAUGCGAAACAAUUUAGAUCCAUUUAACGAAUUUACCGACGCGGAAUUAUGGAACGUUUUGGAGGAGGUCGAAUUAAAAGAGGUCGUUAAAGAAUUCCCCGACGGUCUUUUAACCAAAAUAAUUGAAGGAGGUUCAAAAUUAAGUGUCGGCCAACGACAAUUAGUUUGUUUGGCUCGGGCACUUAUAAGAAAAAAUAAAAUUUUAAUUAUGGAUGAGGCCACCGCUAAUGUUGACCCAAAAACCGACAAUUUAAUCCAAAAAACUAUUAAAAGGAAAUUUGAGGAGUGCACAAUUUUAAUUAUAGCUCAUAGAUUACAAACGAUAAUCGAUUGUGAUUUCGUUUUGGUCAUGAGUGGUGGGGAAAUGAUUGAGUUUGAUUAUCCCUACAUUUUAUUGAAGAAAAAAGGAAUGUUUUAUGAUAUGGUACAAAAAAUGGGAGGUGGAAUUGCUGAAAAUCUGUAUCAAAUAGCUGAAGAAGUAUUUAAAUCUAAAUUUGGAAUGAAAUAAAAUUAAGAGUAAUAAAUGUAUUGACCCCUUGAUAAACUUUAUUAUAUUAUUCUUAGUAAAUAAACAAGUUGAUAAAACCACUAAAACG